AUGGUCGGCAUAAUCGGUCGGUCGGGUGCCGGUAAAUCGACACUGCUGCGAAUGAUCAAUCGGCUCACACCUGCGACUUCAGGAAAAAUCCUGUUCGAGGGACGUGACAUACUUCGCCUUCGAGGCGCGAUGAUGCGACGUUGGCAGCGCGAUUGCGCCAUGGUCUUCCAGCAGUUCAAUCUUGUUCCCCGCCUUGACGUCGCGACCAACGUGAUGCUGGGCCGGUUGAAUGGCCACGGCACGUUGAAGAGCCUUUUCAAUAUCUUCGGCGAAGCGGAUGUCGCGGAUGCACUCCAGGCUCUCGAUCGCCUCGGUAUUGUGCAGGAGGCAACGAAACGCGCCGAAGAAUUGUCCGGUGGGCAACAGCAACGGGUAGCGAUUGCCCGCGCGCUGAUGCAAGGCCCCCACAUGAUCCUUGCAGAUGAGCCGAUAGCCUCUCUCGAUCCCAUGAAUGCGAAAAUCGUCAUGGAUGCGCUUCGGCAAAUUCAUGAGCGCGACAACAAGGUUGUCAUCUGCAACCUGCAUACGCUCGACACGGCGCGUUCCUAUUGCGAUCGGGUGAUCGGCAUGCGUGACGGUUUCAUCGUUUUUGAUGGGAAGCCGGAAGAACUCACGACCACCGCUGCUCGUGAAAUUUACGGCGCGGACGAAAGCUUCAACGAGGCCGCCACUUCCACAGCCAUUGAUGCCGGAAACACCGGCACAAGAGAAUCCGUCGGUGCGAUGACCCCGGCGGCAGCGGCAGGUUAAUCCGCCUGCGCACAGAUAAACGUCAUCAGUUUCAGAUCCCGGGGAGUGUCCCAAAUGAAAAUCGUUUCCAAAAUUGCUGCGCUUGCUGCUGUCAGCAUGAUCGCUCUGAACGCUUCAGUUGCUGGAGCAGAAGAAAUCACGGAAUUCCGCAUCGGUAUUCUGGGUGGUGAAAACGCUUCUGACCGCCUGCGUGCUUACGAAUGCCU